GACGGGCCGCGAGUUGGGCUCCUUGAGGGUGCCUGCAAAAUAGAGGCCCAAAACAAACCCUCAGAUCGGGAAAGGGCGAGGCCUGAAGCCUGGAAGCACAACGCCGGUGAGGUAGAGGAGACCGGAGAGGGAGGGGAGGCGGCGAUGGCGGGCGGCGACCGGGAGAGGGACGUCGAGGAGGAGACGAGGAACAAGAUGAUGCAGAACCUCUUCGGCGACCAGUCAGAGGACGAGGACGACGACGACGUCGUCGAGGUCGUCGACGAGGACGACCACCAGCAGCCGCAGCGCCACCAGGAGGUAGAAGACGAGGAGGAUGACGCCCGCAGCCACGCCCACGGCCGCAGCUCCGGUUACCACUCCGAAGAAGUGGAAGGUGAGGCAGAACAUGGACAGGAAGGUGAGGGUGAAGGGGAAGGUGAAAGCGAGGGGCAAGUUGGAAUGGAAGAGGAAAGCGAAGGUGAAGCUCAUCCGGUUGAUCUGGAUCAAGGAGAAAGUGAUGGGGACAAGGUUCAGAGCUCCCCAGAAAGAGAACUCGAUGACCAAAGGAUGCAAGCUGAUGCAAGAGGCAUGGACAGUGAAGAUGAAGGCUAUGAGCAGAGGACGGUAGCUAGCAGAAGAAGGGGUGUUGUUGCUUCCGAAUCUGAGGGGUCUGAAGAUAAUUACUAUGGUGAUCGAGUUCACGAUGAUGAGGAAGCUCCCGAAACAAGGAAACCAAGGUCACCAAUGGAGGUGGAAGGAGAUCAUGAAGUAGUCCGCGAUGUGUUUGGUGAUAGUGAUGAAGAUGAACCUGCUCCAUAUCGUCCCCACCAUGAACUUGAUGAAGAUUCCCAUAGAUCGCCUAUGGGGUAUGAAGGGUACUAUGACAAGGACAUGCAACCGGAGGAUGUAGUAGCAGAUGAAGAUAUGCGAUAUGAAUCUGAUGAAAAUCGUGAACUGAAACCGAAAGAGAAACCAGUUGGUCCACCGCUGGACUUGGUGGUUCCACUAAAGCAGCCACCAGCUCGACCUGACAGGAUGAAUGUGAUCAAGGUAUCAAACAUUAUGGGGAUUGACCCUAAACCCUUUGAUCCAAAAACAUAUGUGGAAGAAGAUGUUUUCGUUACAGAUGAAUCUGGGACUAAGAAGAGGAUACGGCUGGAGGACAAUAUUGUGCGGUGGAGAACUGUUAAGAAUGCUGAUGGCACUACAUCUUGUGAAAGCAAUGCACGUUUUGUAAAAUGGAAAGAUGGAACUAUGCAGCUGCUGAUUGGCAAUGAAGUUCUUGAUAUAUCUGUACAUGAUGCACAUCAUGACCAGUCCCAUCUGUUUCUGAGGAAUGGGAAGGGAAUUCUACAGUCACAAGGAAGGCUUUUGCAGAAGAUGAGAUUUAUGCCAUCUUCCUUGUCUUCAAAGUCGCAUCGCUUAUUAACUGCUCUUGUUGAUUCUCAGAAUAAGAAAACAGUUAAGAUGCAAAAAUGGUUUGAGUCUAAGGAUCCUGAGAGAGCGAAGCAGGAAAAAGAAAGGGCUGAGGGCCAAAAUAUUCGAGCCCAUUCAAUUCUUCAACGCAAAAGAGAAAAGGUGAGCCGCAAGUACACACAACCUGCUCGGCCAAGGCGACAGCUUUCCCCAGGGUUUUUGGAAGAUGCAUUAGAUGAGGAUGAGGAGCCUGAUAAUCACUAUAGUUCUUGGCGAAUGCCACCUCGUAGACGUUUUGAGGACGAGUUGGAGGCUGAAGCACGAGCUGAGAGGCGUAUCAUUAAUGCAAAGUCAAAUAUGAGCAGAAGUGUUCCCCGCAAACCAUCCUUUCCUCCUGCUCGUCCACCAAGACGUCAAGCUGAUGAAUACUCGGAGAGUGAAAGGGAGGAGUCAGAAUAUGAAACUGAAGGCGAGGAUAUUGAGCACUCGCCAACUCGUGGAAGGGAAGAUGAACUGGAUGAGGAGGAUGAAUAUGAGGAAGAUGUUGAAGAAGCGCCUCUGUCAGAUGAAGAAAUAGAGGCACCCAAACGGAAGAGAGAAUCAGGGGGUGGUAGCCACAGGCGCGAGGAGCUGGACUCCGACUCCGACGACUCUCCACCAAGGAAGCAACAGGCUGUUCAGCAUCGCAGGAAGGCAGUCGUUUUUGACAGCGAUGACGAGUGAAACAGGGAGGGAAAAACAAGAAGUUGGUAUUUGCUAUUCGGCAUGCUGGUUUAUGAGAUGAAGGAAAAGGCUGGUCAAUAUGCGACCUAUGAUGUUACCCUAAGCUUGUGUGAAGUUUUUGUGCUGUAAACAUAGCCUGAAAAAAUAUGGUCGUUGUUGCCA